CCAGAGCUCACAGCUUCAGUGGACAGUUCCGUGGUGCUGAAAUCUCCCAGCCACCACACACACACACACACACACAAACACACACAGUCACUCUCUCUCUCUCAAACAUGCUUGCAGCCAUGGACGGAUUCUCGUGGAAACUUUUUCUACUUUCUUGCCUGGUUGUUGCGCAGAUCUCCGCGCAAGACUUCGGACAGACGCAGUUUAUUUGCACGUCGGUGCCAAAGGAUAUGGACUUGUGCGCGGCCACGAUGCAAAACAGCGGACCGGCGGAGGACCUGAAGACCACGGUCAUGCAGCUACGGGAGACCGUGCUACAGCAAAAGGAGACCAUUAUGAACCAAAAGGAGACAAUCAGGGAACUAACGUCAAAGUUGAGCCGAUGCGAGAGCCAGAGUCUCCCGGCGGCAGGACCCGGCGCGAGACGGCCGGGGGCGAAAAACACGAUGGGGGAUGUAUCCCGGGGCACCACGGACACUCUGGCCCAGCUGGGACAGACUUUAAGCACGCUGAAACAGAGACUGGAGAAUCUAGAGCAGUACAGUCGAGGUAACAACACCGUGCAGGCGAACAGCCUGAAAGAUCUGCUCCAGAACAAGAUAGACGACAUGGAGAAGCAGGUUCUGUCCCGGGUCAACACGAUAGAGGAGACCAAACCGGGCACCAGGAAUGACACCGAGCAGCGGAACAGAGUGGAGUCCACGCUCACCUCUCUGCACCAUCGGAUCACAGACCUGGAGAAAGGUAAAGAGACCCGGCCAACAGAUAAGUUUCAGCUCACCUUCCCCCUGAGAACCAACUACAUGUACGCCAAAGCCAAGAGGAGCCUCCCCGAGAUGUACUCCUUCAGUGUGUGUUUGUGGAUCAAAUCCAACGCCUCCCCCGGGGUGGGGACACCCUUCUCCUACGCUGUGCCGGGUCAGGCCAACGAGCUGGUGCUGAUCGAGUGGGGGAACAACCCUAUGGAGAUCCUCAUUAAUGACAAGGUUGCAAAGCUGCCGUUUCUCAUCAAUGACGGGAAAUGGCAUCACCUGUGCAUCACGUGGACCACCCGUGACGGGAUGUGGGAAGCCUUCCAGGAUGGAGUGAUGCGGGGGAAUGGAGAAAAUCUGGCACCGUACCACCCCAUCAAACCAGAUGGAGUGCUGGUCCUGGGACAAGAGCAGGACACAUUGGGAGGAGGCUUUGAUGCAACGCAAGCCUUCGUCGGUGAACUAGCAAACUUAAAUAUCUGGAAUAGGAAACUUUCUAUCGCCGAGAUCUACAACUUGGCGACCUGCAACAGCAAAGCACCGGCUGGCAACGUCUUCUCCUGGACAGAGAGCAACAUCGAAAUAUUUGGCGGAGCGACCAAAUGGACCUUCGAGCCUUGCCGUUCGCUCAACUGAACUGCAUUUCACCAUUCCAGAAAGGCCUCUCUGUAUUUCUGAGCUUUUGUCGUUCCUGUCUUCAUUUUGACGUUUGUUAGAGACUAUUUGAGUUAUUGGUAAGCUUAAAAUCUGGGAUUUCUAUCAUUCUUAUUAGGUAUUUAUAAGCAAAACAACAGUUUUCAUCUUGAGGAAAAAAAAAAAAAAAAAUCCAGUUCAUCUUGGAAACCUCGGUGAUAAAGUGUUGGUAUCUGUUUUUCUUUCAUUUAUUUUCUCUCGGACGUUCAGUUGGAAGCACACCUAAGCUUUUUCGUUUGGCUUAUUUCGACUUGGACUGGCAGCUGGCAAUCUGCGCCUUAUGUUUGGACAAUCCAAGUGAGGAAUUGCAAAACUCUCCCACCCCCUUCCCUCUGAAAAGUGGGAGAUUACGCUGGCCAUCCAAUCCUGGUACAGCGCCCUGCGAACACCCCCCUCCCCCUCUUCUCCUUCACUCCUUCACACCCCCCCACCCCCCCCCACCCCUCGCCCUUCCGGAACUUGCACUGUGACUGAGGAAGAGAUCACCAGGAGAGGAGGGUAAGUUGAAGGACACUGCAGAGUCAGACUGUGGUACAAGUCAAUUUGUAAUCGUCGUUCGCUUCAAGUGUUUCCGUAAGAAUGUCGUUAACUUGCCAACAUUGCUACAAAGCCCCGAUGCCUUGGGCUGGUACAAAUAUUCAGCACAUUCAUUAUGUUUCCAGUUGCCAACUCAAUGUUUAUCGUUUUUUGGUUUUUCCUUUUUCUGAGCUGGGUUGAUUUUCCUUGGUUCUCUGGUAAAUGUGAUUUGUUUACAGUUUGUUAUCUGACAUGACGUGUUUUUGGCAGGUGUUUGUACUACUCUGUAUUAGGAAUGUAACAGUAUGUGUAUAGUAACAGCAUGAAUGACAGAGUGCUGUGGAAGCAUUGUUGAAAUCUGCUUUACUAUCUUCUCUGGGUCUGGGUUUUUUACUGUAUUGUUAUAUGCUCCAAGCAUGGCAAAAACUGAGAGAUGAAGAAUUUAAUUUUUGUAAUAAAAUUGUGAUACUUAAUGUCA